UUUUACCAAUCUUUCUAUAAUUUAUUUUUUUCUUUCUAUAAUUCUUCUUCACUCACCAACCACAUCACCUUUGAAUUCAUUUCCAUUUCCUUUUGCUCUUUUUGAGAGUAUAUAUAUUGGAUAGGACAGGACAUCCUUCAUGUAUCUCUUGUGACUUUCAAGUCUUUGUGUUCAUUUAUAAGUGUCUGCGUUUUGUUUUUCUUUUUGUCCUCUUCAAUUCUCUACAUUUAAUAUUAUAGUACCGUCCUCUAUUUAUUGCAACUACGUUACCACCUUCUUAUAACUUGUUCAUUGUCAUUACUCAUGGCUUCUGAUUCUUCUUCUUCAAAGUGGGUGAUGGAAAAUGGUGACAUUCCUCAUGUUCUGGCUGUUGAUGACAAUAUCAUUGAUCGCACACUUGUUGAGAAACUUCUGAAGAAUUCCUCUUGCAAAGUGACAACUGCUGAAAAUGGGCUGAAGGCAUUGGAGUAUUUGGGCUUGGCAAGUGGUGCUGAACAGAAGAACACUUUGGAGAAUGGAGGACCCAAAGUGAACUUAAUCAUCACUGACUACUGCAUGCCAGGGAUGACUGGCUAUGAGUUGCUUAAGAAAAUUAAGCAAUCAUCAAUGAAGGAAGUUCCUGUUGUGAUCAUGUCAUCUGACAAUAUACCAACAAGGAUCAACAAGUGUAUGGAAGAAGGGGCUCAGAUGUUCUUAUCGAAGCCUGUCAAACAAUCUGAUGUAAAACAACUGAUAGGCCAGCUGAUGAAUUUGGGAAGGCUCCAAAAGAAUUGAAGCAAGAAGAAAGCAAUGCAAGAUAUCACCCUUAGGCCUUAAUAAGAUAUGUUUAGGACUAGAAAUACAUAUCAUUGUUUUGGGGAUGUUAUACUCUAGUUUAGGUCAAGUUCUUUUUCCUAGAGUAUAAUUUAAGUCUUUUUUUUUUUUUUUUUUUUUUUUUAAGUUGUCCUGCUUGACCAUGGUGGAAGUUAGUUUUAUAUGUUACAAUCAAGAAUACAAAAUAAAAGGGUGUUACAAUUAAGAAGUUGGUAUUUUUUAUAGUUA